AUGGGAGCACUAGACUAUCUUUCUAACUUUUGCAGUGCCACAAGCACCAGAAGCACAAGCAGAAGCAGAAGAAAACCGAUGCAGACAGUUGAAAUUAAAGUGAAAAUGGAUUGUGAUGGAUGCGAAAGAAGAGUCAAGAACUCUGUUAAAUCAAUGAAAGGCGUAAAGAGUGUGGAGAUUAAUAGAAAGCAAAGCAGAGUAACAGUUAAUGGAAAUGUGGAUCCAAACAAGGUAUUGAAGAAUAUCAUGAGCACCGGAAAACGAGCAGAAUUUUGGCCGUACAUACCUUACAAUUUGGUGAGUUAUCCGUACGUGAGUCAAGCCUACGACAAAAGGGCUCCCGCCGGCAACGUUAAGAACGUCGUUCAAGCCUUCUCCGUCCCUAACACCACCGAUGAACAGAUGACUCAUCUCUUUAGCGACGAUAACCCUAAUGCUUGUUCAAUCAUGUGA